AUGGCAGAAGGAAAAGCUGUUGGUAUCGAUUUGGGGACGACAUACUCUUGUGUUGGUGUAUGGCAAAACGACCGAGUUGAAAUCAUUGCAAACGACCAGGGUAAUCGUACGACACCUUCAUAUGUUGCUUUCACAGAUACAGAGCGUCUGAUUGGUGACGCUGCCAAAAACCAAGUCGCCAUGAAUCCUUAUAAUACUGUUUUCGACGCUAAACGUCUCAUUGGCCGUAGAUUUAAUGAUCCUGAAGUGCAAUCUGAUAUGAAGCAUUGGCCAUUUAAAGUUAUCGAAAAGAACACUAAGCCAUAUAUUCAAGUCGAAUUUAAAGGAGAAACUAAACAAUUUACACCUGAAGAAAUAUCGUCUAUGGUUUUACUCAAGAUGAAGGAAACUGCUGAAGCCUUCCUUGGUACAAAGGUUACAAAUGCCGUUAUUACAGUUCCAGCAUACUUCAAUGAUUCACAACGUCAAGCUACGAAAGAUGCCGGAAUGAUUUCCGGAUUGAAUGUUCUCCGUAUCAUCAACGAACCUACAGCCGCAGCUAUCGCUUACGGUUUAGAUAAGAAGACCGCCGGUGAACGAAAUGUGUUGAUCUUUGACUUAGGUGGUGGUACUUUCGAUGUUUCUCUUUUAACCAUCGAAGAAGGAAUUUUCGAAGUAAAAGCUACUGCCGGUGAUACGCAUCUCGGUGGUGAAGAUUUUGAUAAUCGUCUUGUCAAUCAUUUCGUUCAAGAAUUUAAACGAAAAUUCAAGAAGGAUCUUACUUCAAAUGCUCGAGCUUUACGUCGUCUACGAACUGCAUGUGAACGCGCAAAACGUACUUUGUCUGCAUCCGCUCAAACUUCAAUCGAAAUCGAUUCACUUUUCGAAGGAAUCGACUUUUAUACCUCCUUAACCCGUGCUCGAUUUGAAGAAUUAAAUCAAGAUUUGUUCCGAUCCACUAUGGAACCGGUCGAAAAAGUUCUUCGAGAUGCCAAGAUCGAUAAAUCACAAGUUCAUGAAAUUGUUUUGGUCGGUGGUUCUACUCGUAUUCCUAAAAUACAAAAGAUGGUAUCAGAUUUCUUUAAUGGCAAGGAACCCAACAAAUCCAUUAAUCCUGAUGAAGCCGUCGCCUAUGGUGCUGCUGUACAAGCUGCAAUCCUUUCUGGUGAUACAUCAGAAAAAACUCAAGACUUGCUAUUGCUUGACGUUGCUCCACUUUCUCUUGGUAUUGAAACCGCCGGUGGUGUUAUGACGCCACUAAUUAAACGAAAUACCACCGUUCCAACAAAGAAAUCCGAGAUUUUCUCCACAUACUCUGAUAACCAACCGGGUGUACUUAUUCAAGUAUAUGAAGGUGAACGUGCUCGUACAAAGGAUAAUAACUUACUGGGUAAAUUCGAAUUGACCGGUAUUCCACCUGCACCUCGAGGUGUACCUCAAAUCGAAGUUACAUUUGAUAUUGAUGCCAACGGUAUUCUUAAUGUAUCUGCUGUUGAUAAGACAACUGGUCGAUCAAACAAGAUCACCAUUACUAAUGAUAAAGGUCGAUUAUCUAAAGAAGAAAUCGAACGAAUGGUGGCGGAUGCUGAGAAAUACCGUGCAGAAGACGAAAAAGUUGCCCAAAGAAUACAAGCACGUAACGGUUUGGAAAGUUACUCUUAUAACUUGCGAAAUACACUUCAAGAUGAAAAAGUUUCAG